AUGAGAACCACUGACAAGAAAAAUAUAGAUACAAUGCCACAAAACAUGAGAACCACUGACAAGAAAAAUAAAGAUUCAAUGCCACAAAUCAUGAGAACCACUGACCAGAAAAAUAAAGAUUCAAUGCCACAAAUCAUGAGAACCACUGACAAGAAAAAUAUAGAUACAAUGCCACAAAAUAUGAGAACCACUGACAAGAAAAAUAUAGAUACAUUGCCACAAAUCAUAAGAACCACUGACCAGAAAAAUAUAGCUACAAUGCUACGAAUCAUGAGAACCACUGACCAGAAAAAUAAAGAUUCAAUGCCACAAAUCAUGAGAACCACUGACCAGAAAAAUAUAGAUACAUUGCCACAAAUCAUGAGAACCACUGACCAGAAAAAUAUAGAUACAUUGCCACAAAUCAUGAGAACCACUGACCAGAAAAAUAUAGAUACAUUGCCACAAAUCAUGAGAACCACUGACCAGAAAAAUAUAGAUACAAUGCCACAAAACAUGAGAACCACUGACAAGAAAAAUAUAGAUACAUUGCCACAAAUCAUAAGAACCACUGACCAGAAAAAUAUAGCUACAAUGCUACGAAUCAUGAGAACCACUGACCAGAAAAAUAAAGAUUCAAUGCCACAAAUCAUGAGAACCACUGACCAGAAAAAUAUAGAUACAAUGCCACAAAUCAUGAGAACCACUGACCAGAAAAAUAUAGAUACAAUGCCACAAAUCAUGAGAACCACUGACCAGAAAAAUAUAGAUACAAUGCCACAAAUCAUGAGAACCACUGACCAGAAAAAUAUAGCUACAAUGCCACAAAUCAUGAGAACCACUGACCAGAAAAAUAUAGAUACAUGGCCACAAAUCAUGAGAACCACUGACCAGAAAAAUAUAGAUACAUUGCCACAAAUCAUGAGAACCACUGACCAGAAAAAUAUAGCUACAUUGCCACAAAUCAUGAGAACCACUGACCAGAAAAAUAUAGAUACAUGGCCACAAAUCAUGAGAACCACUGACCAGAAAAAUAUAGAUACAUUGCCACAAAACAUGAGAACCACUGACCAGAAAAAUAUAGAUACAUGGCCACAAAGCAUGAUAACCACUGACCAGAAAAAUAUAGAUACAUUGCCACAAAACAUGAGAACCACUGACCAGAAAAAUAUAGAUACAUUGUUACAAAUCAUGAGAACCACUGACCAGAAAAAUAUAGAUACAUUGCUACAAAUCAUGAGAACCACUGACAAGAAAAAUAUAGAUACAUUGCCACAAAACAUGAGAACCACUGACCAGAAAAAUAUAGAUACAUGGCCACAAAACAUGAGAACCACUGACCAGAAAAAUAUAGAUACAUUGCUACAAAUCAUGAGAACCACUGACAAGAAAAAUAUAGAUACAUUGCUACAAAUCAUGAGAACCACUGACCAGAAAAAUAUAGAUACAUGGCCACAAAACAUGAGAACCACUGACCAGAAAAAUAUAGAUACAUUGCUACAAAUCAUGAGAACCACUGACCAGAAAAAUAUAGAUACAUUGCUACAAAUCAUGAGAACCACUGACCAGAAAAAUAUAGAUACAUUGCCACAAAACAUGAGAACCACUGACCAGAAAAAUAUAGAUACAUAG